AUGGAACGGUGUAAAACUGAUUUUCCUCAAUGUACAGUGAGUCAGGUCAGAUUGGAUGGUUCGGGCAUGCUUGAAGUCUAUCUCUUUCCGAGUCAUGUACAAAUUCCAGAAUGUAUUUGGGGAUCGGAGUCUUCGCAUUCUUCUUCAAAAUUUAAACCAGUAGAGGAAUAUCGAGUCUAUGAUGGAUAUUUAUUUGAAUUUUAUUCGAGUGGUGAGAGUCCAUCAGAGAAAAAAGCCAAAGCGAAAAUGCAAUUAUUGGUUGCCAAUAAUGCGAGUGUGAGUCAUGAGAAGUAG